GCACCCCCCCCCCCCUCUUCUCUCUCUCUCUGUCGUCUCUUUGUCAUUUUUCUCUCCACGCCUUCCUGCAUUUCCACUCCACUUAUUUUCUCUUUCUUGGCAUCGAAAUUCCGGCGAUGGCGGCGGCGACGAGGGAGGAGUACGUGUACAUGGCGAAGCUGGCGGAGCAGGCGGAGCGGUACGAGGAGAUGGUGGAGUUCAUGGAGAGGGUCACGGCGACAUUGCCGGAGGGUGUGGAGCUCACGGUGGAGGAGCGAAACCUCCUCUCCGUUGCCUACAAGAACGUCAUCGGCGCCCGCCGGGCCUCGUGGCGGAUCGUCUCGUCCAUCGAGCAGAAGGAGGAGAGCCGCGGCAACCAGGACCACGUCGCCGCCAUCCACGACUACCGCGGCCGGAUCGAGGCUGAGCUCACCAACAUCUGCAACGGAAUCCUCAAGCUUUUGGAUUCUCGCCUCGUCCCCUCCGCCGCCACGGCCGACUCCAAGGUCUUCUACCUCAAGAUGAAGGGGGACUACCACCGCUACCUCGCCGAGUUCAAGAUCGGAUCCGACCGCAAGGACGCCGCCGAAAAUACCCUCAACGCCUACAAGUCCGCCCAGGAUAUAGCGUUGGCGGAGUUGGCACCGACGCAUCCAAUCCGGCUGGGGCUGGCGCUCAAUUUCUCGGUGUUCUACUACGAGAUCUUGAAUUCUCCUGACAGGGCUUGUUCUCUUGCCAAGCAGGCUUUUGAUGAAGCAAUUGCUGAACUGGAUACUCUUGGAGAGGAAUCAUACAAGGAUAGCACGCUGAUCAUGCAGCUUCUCCGUGACAACCUUACCUUGUGGACUUCAGAUAUGCAGGAUGAUGGGGCAGAUGAGAUCAAAGAGACAACCAAACAUGAGGAUGAGCAGUAGCUAGUAAAAAAAUGUCUUCCACUACUGCUCUUUGUGAUUCUUAGGUGUUUCAGCUUGCAGAUUGACCACCAUCUUCUUUACCAAGUCUUUUUUUUUUCUUCUUUUUCUUUUUUUCCUGGCUUGUGUUUUAGAAAAUCCUUCCUGUUUCAUGUCUCUUCUGCUGGUGUUGUUUGCAUCUGACAAUGCUAAAAAAAUUGCUAUCUUAUGUUUGGCCUUGGAAGUUCCCCUCGUUUAUGAGAUAUGCUGGUUGCAUUGCUUAUAUAAUA